UUCUGGCUUCCUUUCUUGCGGAAUGGAUGAUCUUUUAGACUAUGAAGAUGCGCCUAUCGUAGAAGCCGAAGUAGAGGAUACUAAAGAAAAGAAAGGAACUGGGUACGUGGGUAUUCACACUUCUGGGUUUCAAGAUUUUCUUUUAAAACCUGAACUUCAGCGUGCUAUAAUCGAUUGUGGCUUUGAAGGCCCCUCUCAAGUUCAACAUGAGUGUAUACCUCAAGCAAUUCUUGGUACUGACAUCCUUUGCCAAGCGAAGUCUGGAAUGGGCAAAACUGCUGUGUUCGUUCUCUCUACUUUGCAUAAUCUACAAACUUCCGAGAAUGAAGUUCAAGUUCUAGUCAUGUGCCACACACGGGAUCUCGCAUGGCAAAUUUAUCACGAGUACGUCCGUUUUUCAAAGUACAUGGAAAACGUGCGCUGCGAAGUUUUCUACGGAGGCGAAAGCAUUUUGAAAAAUGAAAAGAUUCUAAAAGAUCCUGCGAAGCGCCCUCAGAUCGUCGUUGGGACGCCCGGCAGGAUACUCGAUUUGGUCUCCCCUGACAAUCCGGCCCGAGCCCGCAUGAGCCUCAGUAAAUUAAAGGUGUUUGUGCUUGACGAGUGUGAUAAAAUGCUCGAUUCGAGUCGAGAUAUUGGAAUGCGACGGGACGUGCAGGAUAUAUUUAGAGCGACUCCACGUAAUAAGCAAGUGCUUAUGUUUAGCGCCACUUUGUCGAAGGAAAUACGACCCGUUUGCAAGCGCUUCAUGCACGAGCCAAUGGAAAUAUACGUUGACGACCAGUCGAAGCUGCGGUUGGACGGCCUUCAGCAACAUUACCUCAAACUUACGGAAGAAGCGAAGCUAAAGAAACUCGCGGACUUACUUGACUCACUCGAGUUCAAUCAGGUCAUCAUAUUCGUCUCGAGUAUCGAACGGUGCGCCUUCUUGUGCAGGCACCUCGUCACGUGCAGCUUCCCCGCCAUGUGCAUGCACAGCCGCAUGGAGCAGCGUGAGAGACUUGCUGCUCUAAAAGGGUUUAAGAACUUCGAACAGCGCAUUAUGGUGGCUACGAAUUUAUUGGGAAGAGGGAUUGACAUUGAAAGAGUGAAUAUUGUCAUUAAUUAUGAUAUGCCCGAAGACACCGAUACUUACUUACAUCGUGUGGCACGCACCGGCCGCUUUGGGACCAAGGGAUUGGCUAUUUCUUUUGUUGCUUCGGCGGAGGAUUCCGAGAUACUCGAUAAAGUCCAGCAGCGCUUCGAAUUGGAAAUCACUAAACUUCCUGACCAGUUGGAUCCAACUUUGUAUAUGUAAUUGGACUCUUUAAUAAAAGAACUUCAAAACUUU